AUGACCUACAUUGUCAAGGCGUUUUCACCUUGCGGGCUGACUCGGGCCUUGCAAGCAUGUCUUUUUUUAUUCUGCAUGGGCUUUCUUGUGGGAAGAACGGCCCUUGUGUAUGAACCGAUAAACUCUACGUAUGCAAAACCAUCAAGUUCACCUGAUUUGCGCGCGAUCGCAUGCCGAAUCCUCGCUGAUAAACAUGACUUUCUCCAGAUUACACACUCCGAGUGGGCGUCAGAGGAUGCCUUCUCAGCCAGUGCAGGCGCUGGUGUUUCCAGGGCCAAGAACAGUGGUCCGCACGCCGCGUUCAAGCGACUACCGUUCAAUUUCUGCUCCCUUUCUCUCCAACCGUUUUCGCAUCCAGUCUGCACGCAAAAUGGAACGCUGUUCGACCUUACCAACAUCUUACCCUGGAUCAAGAAGCAUGGGACAAACCCCGUUGACGGGUCGCCCCUGAAGAGCUCAGAGUUAAUCAAGCUCACGCUUGCUAAGAACGAGGAUGGCGACUACGUGGACCCGGUUACCUUUAAGAUCUUGACCGAUAACACACAUAUUGUCGCAUUGCGGAAUACAGGCAAUGUGUUUUCUUGGGAUACAGUGGAGCGGUUGAACAUCAAGGGGAAGCUGUGGCGCGACCUGGUUACAGACGAGGAAUUCAGCCGGAAGGAUAUUAUCACAUUACAGGACCCGCAGAACAUCGAGUCGCGCAACCUGAGCUCCUUCAACUACAUCAAGGAAGGAGAGGCGGGUGUUGUGGGGGAUCAACAGGCUUCUGGGAGUGUGAACGCCAAUGCGCUGGGCAGCUCGGCGAAGAUCUUGAAGGCGAAAGAGGCCGUGGCGAAGGCUCGAGCUGAGCGUGCCCAGCAGGCUGGCUCUAGUACAGCUGGCUCUAAGGCUAUUUCAAAACCUGGGGCUGCGAACACCAAGGCUAGUAUUCAAACUGGAAAGCCUACUCCCUACAACGCCGCCAAAUUUACCACAGGAAAGGCGGCUGCCUCUUUCACCAGUACGGGGCUGACGCCACACACUUCCGCCGAGCUUGCAUUAUUGUCGGAAGAGGACUACAUGCUCAAGCGUGGUCGUGUGAAGGCCAAGGCUUAUGCGCGCAUCGAAACCACCGCUGGCCAUCUGAACCUGGAGCUGUAUCCUGAGUAUGCCCCCAAAACCGUGUGGAAUUUUAUCCAACUGGCCAAAAAGGGCUACUACAAAGAUGUGCCUUUCCACCGCAAUAUCAAAGGCUUCAUGCUCCAAGGUGGUGAUCCCACUGGCACUGGACGUGGUGGCGAGAGCAUCUGGGGUAAGUAUUUCGCCGAUGAGUUCGAUGGUCCUCUGAAGCACGAUGGCCGGGGGACGCUGAGUAUGGCCAACAAGGGCAAAAACACGAACAGCAGUCAAUUUUUCAUUGCCUAUCGAGCUUUGCCCCAUCUCAACCUGAAACACACUAUCUUUGGCCGCAUCAUUGAUGACCCUACCCCGUCAUCUGCUACUUUGAAUUCGCUUGAGACACGCCCUGUGGAAGCAAACACAAACCGGCCAACACCCGAAGUCCGCAUUCAGGAUGUUGUCGUCUUUGUCGAUCCAUUUGAGGAUUUCCUCGCUCAGCGACGAGCGGAAGAGUCGCGCGCUUCAGGUGCUACUGGCCCGUCUGCAGAGGAAGAGGAAGAGAGCGCCCGUCGCGCAGAAGACGAUCAAGUCACAUGGACUGGAAAACGAGUUCGCGGUGCUGGUGCUGAAACGAACGAAGGCUCUGGUGGCAUUGGCAAGUAUCUUCAGGCUGCCUUGGCGGAUCGAGAAGAUGGGAUCGUAGAUGAGCCCGAGCCCGAGCCCGUUCGGAAAAAGGUCAAAUCUGGAGGGUAUGGAGACUUUAGUUCUUGGUGA